AUGCCUCCUGCUAAAACCAAAAAGUCCCAAUCGGAUAACACCACAAAUGUCACACAAAAAUUCAAUGAAGUCCAUGCCCGCAACAUUGAUGUUGCCAGAAAAAUGGUUGAAAACUAUGAGUCUUCUGAUUCCGACGAGGAUGAACUGGACGAAAAGGCUAUUUUAAAUACAUUAUAUAAACAUUAUGACAAGGAAAAAGUGGACGAACGCUUGUUGGCUAAAACAAGCGGCUUUCUUGAGAACAUUUUGCAAUCCGGUGCGGCUACGUGUCUUAUAUGUAUUGGUAGUAUAAAACGGACAGAUGCAGUUUGGUCCUGCCGACACUGUUAUUGUCUUUUCCAUUUGAAUUGUAUUAAAAGAUGGGCCAAUGAUAGCAUGGCUCAGAUCAAAGCCAAGGCUCAAAAUGACCAGCAGGGCUAUUACAAUCAUUUGGGAGAGUAUGUGCCACCCAAAAAGCAAAAGGCCCUACAUUGGUGCUGUCCUCAGUGCCGUAAAGAAUUCAUGCCCGAGGAAAAACCAUCAACAUAUGAAUGUUUUUGUGGCAAAGAAGUAAAUCCACCUUCUCAACCUUGGCUAGUACCUCAUUCGUGUGGCGAAAUAUGUGGAAAAGCUUUGCAGCCCAACUGUGGCCACAAAUGUACUCUUUUGUGUCAUCCUGGUCCUUGUCCACCGUGUGCCCAAUAUGCGAAUACAUCAUGUAAAUGUGGCAAAUCUGUCCCGAAAUCUGUUCGGUGCAUUGACAAAGAAUGGGAAUGUCAAACGAAAUGUAAUCGCCGUUUAAAGUGUGGAGAACACAAUUGUGAUCGGGUGUGUCACAAACCAGGACAAUGCCCACCCUGCAAUAAAACAAGUGAACAACGAUGUGAGUGUGGCAGAGAAAGUGCCCGGAGGCCAUGUUAUGACUUGGAAUGGCGUUGUAAAAACGUCUGCAACCGUAAUUACUCAUGCGGUCUGCAUGUAUGCAAAAAAAUAUGUCAUUCUGGCAAUUGCGGUCAAUGUCCAUUAAGUUUGCCGCGCUCAUGUCCCUGUGGGAAAACUAAAAAAAUUGGACCAUGCACUGAAACAAUAGAUACAUGUGGAGAUACGUGCCAAAAGUUGUUGCCUUGUCAACUGCACAGUUGCACACAACGUUGCCACAAAGGAAAUUGCAAUUUGUGCUUGAUUAUUAUAAAAAAGAAAUGCCGUUGUGGCAUGCAUGAAAAAGAAUUGCCAUGUUCCAAGGAAUUUACAUGCGAGACGAAAUGUAAGCAAAUUAGAGAUUGUGAAAAGCAUCCAUGCAACCGUAAGUGUUGUGAUAAGAAUUGUCCUCCAUGUGAUAAAGUUUGUGGCAAACCUUUAUCGUGCGGAAAACACAAAUGCCAAUCCAUCUGUCACAAAGGUCCAUGUUAUCCAUGUCAACAACAAUCCCAAAUUCAUUGCCGAUGUGGAAAAACAAAGAAAGUCGUGCCUUGUGGACGUGAACGCACAGCCCGUGUUGUCUGCUUGGAACCGUGUAGAAUUCCCUCAAAAUGUCACCAUUAUAACAAACAUCGUUGUCACAAAAAUGAGUGCCCGCCGUGUUCACAACCUUGUGGCUUAUUGAAUGAUGUCUCUAAAUGUGGUCAUGUUUGCAAUGCUAAAUGUCAUGCUGCUGUUAGGACUAUUAAAAAGUCAAAUAAUGCCAGUAUUUGGGAACCAUCAAAACAGGUGGAAAUUAAACCUCUGCCUCAUCCUCGAUGUGAACAAAAAGUAUCCGUUACUUGUAUAGGGGGGCAUGAGGUGGCUGAAUGGCCUUGCUGGAAUUCGAAACCAAGUUCAUGUCAACGUUUAUGUAACCGUCAGUUGAAAUGUGGAAAUCAUACAUGUCCGCUAGUUUGUCAUAGUGUUCCAGAUAUUAAAGAUAUGAAUCAACAAGUUGGUUGUGCACCAUGUGAGCAAGGCUGCCUUAUUCCACGCCCAGAAGGCUGUACACACGCAUGUCCUAGACCAUGCCAUUUGCCACCAUGUCAGCCAUGUAGUGUAGCAAUUAAAACCAAGUGUCAUUGCGGUCUUAUGCCCAUUGUCUACAAAUGUAGUGAUUAUUACAGCACAGGUGGAACGGACAAUGAUGUAGCGGAAAGACAGGAGAAUCUGAAAAGCUGUGGCAAUCGUUGCCUCAAAAAUUAUCCUUGUGGCCAUCGGUGUACAGCAAAAUGUCAUUCUGGUCCAUGUCCCUACCCAGAGGCUUGUCGUAAGAAAAUACGUAUAUUUUGCCAAUGCAAACGUUUAAAACUCGAAAUUACCUGCGAUAAACAUCGUUCGGGUCUUACAAAGCUAGACUGUGAUGAAAACUGUGUGGAAACCCAGAGAAGUAUUGAGUUAGCACGUCAGCGCGAACAGGAACUAUUUAAAAAACAAGAAGAGGAACGAAACCGUUUGGAAGUCGAACAAUUCGAAAAGAAAUUUAGCAAGCGCAAGCCCAAAGAACGUAAAACGGUUGAGGUGAAAGCCAAAGAACCAAUUAACUGGAAACUAAUUGGUUUGUAUGUUGGCAUUUUUGCAGCUAUAGCAUUAGCUGUGGCCCUAGCUUUAUAUGAAGAACAUUAA